CGCGGGCUGCCCCGGGAGCGAGGCGCCGGAGCCCCCCGAGGGCGGCUGGGGCUGGGUGGUGAUGCUGGCCGCCAUGUGGUGCAACGGCGCCGUUUUCGGCAUCCAGAACUCGUGCGGGGUCCUCUUCGUCUCCAUGCUCCACCUCUUCGGCGGCGGCCAGGAUGAGCAGCUGGCGUUCAAAACAGUGGAUGGAUGGAUAUUUAUCGGUAUGAAAGACGAAAUGGAAGGAGGCAGGAGAACGUAGUCAAGAAGUGACUCUGCCUUGCAGAUAAGGAGUGGAAGGAACCAGAAGUACAGGCAAGGCAGGAAAGCUGUCUCCAGAAUGCAGCAUCAGCACUGGAUAAAUGAGUAACUAUAAUUGACAUUUUUGCAGAAUUCAAGAGUGUUAAUGGAAGAACUUGUACUGUGGGUUAUAGAGAGUUCACAAAUUUCUUCAAGGGGUGUGUGACUAUAAUUCGUAUUUUUAAUGAAUUUUUGGACUAGCAUACAAUAUUUUGAUAUUCAUAUUAGUAAAAAGCUUGUUUCUUUGCUGAUCGAUUGCACUUUACAAACAUUUCUAUUGUUUCCUUGUGUAGCCAGUUUUUUUUGUUCAAAUCUAAUUGAUUCACAAGUACAGAAGAGGAAAAUCCUCCAAUGUAAGUAUAAAACUUCUAGAAAGAUGUGCCUGAAGUCUCAGGAAACUACUCCAUUCAUUGUUUAUAGUUCAUUGUGUCUGAGGAACAAGUUGUGUGGAAAAACACAAUGGCAAUGAAAUAUGGGAGGCUCUUAGUCCUUGGAAAUAGAGCAGACCUAGUAGGCCUCUCGUGUUCAAGUACAAUUGUUGUUUGAUUGUCCUUGAAGGGGAAAGAUUGGGCCCCAGGGCCAGUUUGGGUUCUGGCAGUAUGAGUACUUGGUUCCUCUCCCUGUUGGCAUUGUCAACAGAGGGAGGGAUGUGGAGCACUGAACCAGCCCUGGUGCUACCUCAGUUAGAGAUCUGGCCUCUGAGCCCCAUCUAGUCCUGUGUUGUGCUGGCUUGUUAAUUUAAUGGGACAGUUUGAAGUUGGAAGUUUUUUCUUUACUCUUUCCUUGAAUCUUUUGCUGUUUUACUGAUAUUUGCUUCAGAGAUAAAAGCACCAUCAACAGUUUUGGUAUCCUUUUAGACCUUGUUCUGUACCUGUCCGUCAGAACCACACUUUCAUCUCUGAUUCUAUGGGAUGUGGUUUCUGUUAAACUGGGAGGCUUGGCAAACUGGAAUUGUCACAUGGCUUAUGAGAGAGCAGUUAACCCCUUUUUUUUUUUUAAAUAAAUGUCCAGUUUGGAACACAUAAGUCAUCAGAGCACAAAACUGUAACAUGUAUGAGGUACAAGAAAGCACGCUACUGUGUCACAGUUUGGUCAGUAAGGGAUACAUUGCGAUGAAGGAUGUAGUUUCACAGAAACUUGGACUGAUGGAUAUUGGUGCUGCUGUAGUCUGCAUUCCUUCCCACAUUUGUGUGGCCAUUGAAAUCGGACUGGCUGAAAAAUAACUCAAUUUAAAAGUAACGUUUCACUUUAUUCAGCUGCAGUCAUAUUUUUGUGUUGUUUUGACCUGGCUUUGUGGUUAUAAACAAGUAUGUAAAUGAAGACUGUGGAGUAGUUGAAAUUAUGAUGGGGUCAGACUGGAAAGUUGAAGGUAGUUUCUGUAGUAUGCUGUCUCUCUUUAGGACAGAAUAAUUGAUACCAAUGUAGUUUACACAUACAUGCCUCCAGCCCUGGAGCAUUUAUCUUGUGCUCUUGAUAACUAGUUUGCAGACUGAUUAGCCUUGUGCCUGCUAGUUAGAUUGUCUUUUUGUGUUCUUCUUGUUGGUAUUCAGACUGGUUAGAUCUCUUCCUGUUCCAACUGCAGAUAAACUUGUAACAAGUUGCUUAGUUAAAGAGAAUGAUCUUCCUAAUGUGUCUAAAAGCUAUUCUUCAAUUUAUUUUGGUGGACUUCUUUAGAGGCCAUACUUUGAUUUCACAAGGAUGAAACAUCUCUAAAAUACUAAAGAUGAUGGGCUAUUACCACCACUCUGCAUUAAAUGCACAUGCGUCAAGUUUUUGGAGCUUUUGUGUGCUGCCUUUCAGACAAAACUGUAUCCUCUAAACCCUCCUUCAACCAAACCCACCUAAAACCUGAGUUUUUACUGUACUUUAUUCAUGAGGUAAAUUGGAUGAAAGCAAAAUCCUGUUGAUUGUCUUUCACAGUAAUUUUGCUGUUAGUGUAAUCUUAUUGAUAAAUGUUUUCUCAUAAAGAUGUUACAUUGGUACAACUAUUAUAAGCUAUUAUAAAUGUUGUUUAGUGCCUGCCUGUAGCUAUGCUAAUCUAAUUACAUGCAUCAGAGUAAUGAAAGAGUUCUUGAACAUGAGGUUAAAAUAGUUUAAAACACCUUUAAAAAAUUAAAGUCUUAAUGAAACUUUUGGCUUAUUUUUUGUUCAUAAGAUAAAUGCCUCGUUUGAUGGUUCUUAAGAUAGUGUUAAGGCUGACUGUUUUCCAGUCACAUUCUUAAAUCUCAGUUUCUGAAGGGUUUAUGCAAAAUUUUUUUGAGUGCUUUCAUUUCUAAUCUAAGUAAACAGUAGUAUUGCGUAGUUAGACUGUUCUGCAAAUGGGUGAAGACUCCAACUUGGUUUUAUUUCCAAGUAGCAGAAGAAACUAUUUUUGACUAAGAUUUUGAAGAUAAUUUAUCUAGAUGAUUUGCUGGUCUGUCAUCUGCCAUUUUGCUUUCAGACAAAGUGGCUUGUGACUGGUGUGUAUGUGUGUAGUUUUGUGUGUGUGCCUCCUUAUGUCUUUUCCUUGGAUAAAUAUUUCAAGUCUUAACAGUUUUGUUCCAUGUGGAACAUUUUUUUCAUACUCUCAGUUAAUAUUAUUGCUUUGAUUGUCUCUGCUUCUAUAACUUUCUGAAACAUGAAGAAAUUUGCUGUGUGUCAUUCCAAAUGAGGCUUUGCCAUUUUAUGGCAUAACAUGAAGUACUAUGAUGACAUUAUGCUAUCUAGUUUGCAUUAUUUACGUAACCAAGUUUGUCUAGCUGCUUUUUAUUAGUACCUGCAUUCAGUGGAAGUUUUCCAGUGUGCAUUGCUCUCUAUUCUUCAGUUUUGUUUUGUUUAAUUGGUCCCUGUAGUCUGUUCAAUGUCAACUUAUUUAUCCAUUUUGGCUACCAUUCUUUGAGGUUCCUCAAAUCCCUUCCUGAUUUGAGUUGGACUAAACUCCUGUCUAAAGAGGCAGCUAGCAAAAUGUGUGUGUUUAUUUAUAGACCCUCUUCUCAGUCUUAGGAAGAUGUAGCAGUGCUUACUGCUGUUUGCCUAUCCAUAAUGAUGAUUUCUUCUUUUAACUUGUUCUUCCUUGCCUCCAGAUACUUGAAGUUUUCUGAUAAUAUUCAGUCUUUUUUUUUUUUCCUCAUGAUUUGGUUUCUUUAGCCUCUUAAAGCAGUGUUGUUAAAGGCCAACUUGAAGUUUAAAUAUUAUUUGUCUGUUUUCCUUUUAUUCAGUUACUAAUUUUGCAUGCAGAAAUGCAGUAGAAUGUUCUCAAACUAUUAUAGCAUGAUUUGUUUGUUCUUUUAGCCAGUUUGAGAUAUUUCAGUUAUUACAGGUAAUAACAAAAUAGUUAAGGUUUUAGACUCUGCUUGGAGCAAUGUCUGCUAAAGCAGGCUGUUGAGGACUUUGCCCAGUUGGGUUUAGACCACGUCCAAGGAUGGAGACUCCACAGCCAUUCUGGGGACUGGUGCUGGUGUUUGACCACCCUUGCAGUAAAUAGGGUUUUUUUACAUUUAAAUUAAUUUAAAUUAAAUUCUCUGUACUUCAAUUUGUGCCCAUUGCCUCUUGUCAGAAAACAAGUGAGAAGAGUUUGGCUUUUUUUUUUUUUUUAACUACUUCUCAGGUAUUUAUGCAUGCUUAAAAGAUACCCCUCCCAGCAUGUUCUUCCUAGGCUAACCAACCCCACCUUUCUUAGCCUCUCAUCCUAUGUUAGAUGCUCCAGUUCCUUGGUCUUUGCAGCCCUUUGCUGCAUUCACAGUAACAAGUAGACUAUCUGCUCCUCCCUCAGCAUAAUUGGGGGUUCAGACUCUUGAAGCUUCAGGGUCUUGGCGAAGAUAAAGUCAAUCUUUCUUGCCAUCUCCGGUACUGUGCAGUGCGCUGACCUCCUCCCGCGUUUUUGGCUAUUGCUAUGCAAACUGCUGUGUCUGGCCGUGCUAUUGGAGCUGUAUUCUAGGAUAGCCCCUUUCAUAAUGUGAGGGUUCAACAGUCAUAUGAAGUUUAGUAUUUAAUGUUUUCUAGAUUUUAUAAUGAUAUGAUUCACUAUUUGAAGAUAAUGCAGAUAAUCUUAACUGAGGAACUGAGUGGCAGUUCAGGUUUAGCUGUAGAGUUGUUAUGCUCUUGAAAACUAUCCUGUUCUGUUUUUCAAUUACUCAUUUCCUCAUUUCUAGAUUUAUGGCUUAAUUUAUUAAUGCUCAUAAAAUAUUUGGGAAUUGGUCUAAGUAUUUGAUCAGUCCCAUUAAAGCAUCUUUAGUUUGCUAAAUGAUAAGAAAAUUUUGUAAUUGGAACUCUCUUUUCUAGCCUUCUACUUUAAAAACAGAAGUGUUUCAAAAAUAUUCAGUUUUCAGAAAUACCUAUAAGUCUUAUUCUAGAUUUUUAAGACUUUUUUUUUCCAAAAUUUUAUGUAAUGUAACAUAAUUACAGGGAAGACAAAGCUUUGUUGGUCUGAAUUAUGAAUAACAACUUAUAAUAGAAUCCUGCACCUCAAAGAUCAUGCUUUGAAAUGAGGACUGUUAAUAAAAUUUUAACUUAAGAUUGCUGUGUCUUGCUAAGGAAAAUGAGGAUUUUCAGUGAACAAUGACCUAUAAUGCUUAGCAAGUAAUUGCCCAGUUCAAAAUUGCUUCUGCUCUGUGUACUACAAUGAAGCAGAUGUACUGAUUACUUACAUCCAAGCUAAGGUAGUAUUGAUAACAUCAGUGCUUUAUUUUAGAAUAUUCAUUGUGGCAGAAGAGAUAAUAUAGGUUCUUUCAUAUAUAUUCCAUGUUUUUAAAAAUAUUUUGUUUUGUGAACACACAGUUAAUGCAGCCUUAGUCUACUGCAGUUUAACCUUCAGCAAAUAUGUACAGAAAGGAUAAUUCUAUGAGGAAACAUUCCCUUGUGAUCUUGCAUUCUGUUUUACUUCCUGAAAUCUAAUUUAUUACAAUACUACCAGCUCUGGUUUAUAUCCAGCCAUUAAUUUUCAUGGGAACUGGCUAGGAAUGACUUGUUCUAAUAGCUAAGUUAGAGUAGCAGCCCUCUAGCAAGGAUGGGAGCAAUUUAAAAAUCAUCAGUGUUAGUUCCCAGACACAGGAAGGGAUUACUGGCAUACUGAGCCCAAACUCAUUAUCAGCAGCAUGUCUGUAAGCCCAUGGAACAGUCUCCUUUAGGUGGUGUGGUUGUACUUUAAUUGCAAGUUGUAAAGCAACUUUCUUGUUUCCUUUUUGCUGUAAUAAGCAGAAAUAGUGAAUACUUUGGCUAUCUCUCUGCUGCUGUGUGCUUUGUUCAGUAAAGCUGUACUUGAUGUGUAUGUUUAAAGUACCUCAAUAGUUUUUUAUUUUGCAUUUUUAAGAACAUAGAUGUAUGAGGAAUAAGUAGUAAUUUUAAACAUUCGAGCUAUUAAUUUAAGUUGCUUAAUCUCUAUCAUCCUAUCGCAGAUGACUUAUAAAAUGGGUGGUAAGGAUUGCACUCUAUUUUAUCAAUGCUGUAACUCUGAGCAAGGAUAAAACACUGUGGCAGAAUGUCCUAAAUGAACUGUGAUCUUUAAGCUUUUUGCUUCUGCAGUCUGGAAGGAAUGAACAGUCCUUUAUUUUUGAAACAAAACCACAGCUUUAACAGUUGCAAGUUCAUUACAUGAUGACCAGGAACAGUGUUCUUGUGUGCAAGGUAAGAAAGCUGCUCGUUUUUGCAAACAAAAAUAUGUCUUAAGUAGAACACCAAAAAGGGAUUUUUCUAAUUGGAGAAGUCCUAGUUUGGGUUCCUAGUAUGUUGCAUUGAAUGCUUAAGAGACAAAUAAUUCAAGAAGAAAAUAUAAUGUUAGAAUUCAUUAAAAAGUGAAACUUAGUAAAUGCUGAGAUGGCCCAUAUCUUUGGAGGAUUUUGUCUGUGCUGUCUGCGGUAUUUGUACUCCAGAGCACGCAGUUGUCCUUGGACUGACUACAGUGACUGUGUCUUCUUCACUUAUUGGAUACAGACAUGUAUUAUCCAGAUGCCUCUUAAGGAGCUGUUCAGUUUGCUCCAGACUAGAGACUGGAUGGCAGCUAAGCAGUGUACAGAAUGAGCAGCUGAACCACAAGGACACAGGUGUAAAACUGAAACCAGUUUGGUUUGCACAAGGAGGCCUGUAUCUCCUACCAAAAGUAUCAGAAGUACUGAGUGUUCUUUGGCCCCAUGGCCAGGGUUUACUUGAACAGUAACCUGAUCCUGUAUUAUAAUUAAACACACUGGAGAACAUGCCGGGGUUGGAAUAAUCUCAGUGGGUUGCAUGGGUGAGACUGAAAGCCUACUAAUUUGUCAGUUUACUUUGUGUUUAGUCCAUGUUAUAAUAGUUUGAGUAGUUUGAAAUGGUUAUCAGCUGCUAUAUAAUGCUGCUUUUUUUUUUUUUUGAGAGGAAAGAAGGUGUGGUAGUGGUGUUUUACCCGAAGAUGCUACUAACCUCUGAGCAAGUGAGAUUGAAAUCAAGAACCUGAAUUGUGGUGCAUAUUUUGGACAUGUGUCUGUGGUAGGGCGAGGCAGGUACUGUACAAAGUACUCUGCUGCUUGUUCUUUGGGAUAUGGUCCUGGCUUCCUCUGAGCAACGGAUCUUUCUUUUCUGUUUAUGAGAUAUCCCACCUACCAGUCUUCUAAGUGCAUGUUUUCCUGAUCAGGACAGCAUGGGUGACCUCUCUUUCUAUGGGAAUGGUCUUCUUCUGUUCUCCAAUAGUCAGCAUAUUCACAGACCUGUUAGGCUGUCGAAAAGUAGCUGUUACUGGAGCUGCAGUAGGAUUUAUUGGACUCCUUUCAAGUUCUUUUGUCAGGACCAUUGAACCUCUGUAUUUCACCUACGGAAUCUUAUUUGCCUGUGGCUGCUCGUUUGCGUACCAGCCAUCCUUGGUCAUUCUUGGGCAUUAUUUCAAGAAGCGCCUUGGACUGGUGAAUGGCAUCGUCACGGCUGGCAGCAGCUUGUUCACUGUCUCGUUGCCUUUCCUCUUGAGAGUUUUGCUGGAUUCUGUUGGCCUGUACAACACCUUGCGGGUCCUCUGCAUCCUUAUGUUUGUUCUGUUCCUGGCUGGAUUUACAUACAAACCCCUUGUUUCUGAUGCCAAAGACAAGGAGGGAGGAAAAAAGAGAAUGUUCAGAUUCCCUUCUGAAAAAAAGAUUUGCAAUUUCUCUGUUUUCAAAGUUCUCAGUUACCGAAUCUGGGCUUUUGGGAUCCCAGCUGCACUUUUUGGAUACUUUGUGCCUUAUGUUCACUUGAUAAAUAUUGAAGAUUCAGUGUCUCAUUGCUUCUCUGAAUCUGCAUGUACCAGGAAUAGCUUCAGCUGGACCUCCAAGGAGCAGGGAAGUGAGACUUCAGACUUGAUGCUUGGAAAAAAAAUAGAUCUCAACAUCUGCUGCAGUUUGACUGCUCAGAUGAAGCAUGUAAAAGACAGAUUUGGUGACAGUGUGCCAGAAGAAGUGCUGCUGCUGUGUCUGGGCAUUACUUCAGGAGUUGGCAGACUGAUCUUUGGCAGAGUUGCAGAUUAUAUUCCUGGUGCAAAAAAAGUCUAUUUACAGGUGGCCUCAUUCUUCUUUAUUGGCCUGAUGUCUAUGAUGAUUCCACUGUGCCACGUCUUUGGAGGUCUCGUUGCUGUCUGUCUCUUCAUGGGCCUGUUUGAUGGGUGCUUCAUUUGCAUUAUGGCUCCUAUUGCCUUUGAACUUGUUGGGGCUCAGGAUGUCUCCCAGGCCAUAGGAUUUCUACUAGGAUUCAUGUCAAUACCUAUGACAGUGGGUCCACCCAUUGCAGGCUUGCUGCGUGAUCACCUCGGCACCUACGAUGUUGCAUUUUACCUGGCCGGAGUCCCUCCCCUCGUUGGCGGAGCUAUAUUAUGUUUCAUCCCCUGGGUCCAUGAACGGCAGAAGUUAAAAGAAAGAGCAAAACCUGUUGAUGUUGAAACUACUGAGAAAAUGCUGGAAAAUGAAAGUGCUUUGGUGUCGGACACUACAGAAAAGCCAGUCAAAGAAACAGAAUCUGAUUUUUGAUGCUCUCUUUUCCUGUACCAGCCUGACCUUCUACUGAAGCUAGACUAGUACUUUUUUGCUGAAGAUACUAUAUGAUGCUAAAGAACAUUUGAACUAUUGCUCAAAUUGCAAAACUGCUAUAAUAAACUUUUAUAUCUUUGAACUUUUUUUGAUGAGUCAUUAAGUUUGAUCACAAGCCACAUUUUCAAGGUAUUUGAAGUUUUGUAGCAUUAGUGUGUGAAGAGAAUAUUUUUCUAAUUCAUCAGAACCCAUUUCUGGGAGUGUGAAAGAUGUUUUUGGUUCAUUGACCCAGGAUUCUUCAAUAACUUUUAUGGUCCAUCCAAUGCAGGCACAACAUGGGUGUUUAUACUGGAAAAAGUAGUAACUCUUAUGACUCUUUUUUGUUGAGGUUUCUCAUGCUGUUUUACAGACUUUUACAAAUUCUAUAUCAUGAACACACAUAUGUAUCUUUUUGAUUCCCUUAACUAUUGCUGAAAUAAUUAAAAAGCUAAAUUAUUAAACACCUAUUUUCUCUAAAUACUCCAGCCUGCUCAGUUUGCUUAAACGUUCACCUGCUUUUGCAUUGAUUCACGUUUUCACAGUAGCCCAAACAAAAAACAUUAAGGAUGAAAUUUUUGAUGGGCACAGGUUUGGAAUAUGCACAACCUAAGCUCUGAGUACAAACACAUUCAGAAGUAAAACUGCUGAAUGAUUUUUUAAUAUUUGGUAAAGGCAAUACUAUUAAUGUAUACAUGUAUAAUUUUUUUUCAGCUAAAUCUCAGAAUAGUUGAUAGUUUUGAAAUUAUACUCACAGUAAUACUUUGGAGCAGUAUUAUGAGUUAGACUAAAUUUCAAAUUUUUCUUUUGUACUUGGGUUUUUUUAUUCUUAAACAAGACAGCUUUAAAGAAUAUAUUCUAAGUGCAAUAAGUUGUUUUUAAUAUGGAUAUAUACACAGUCUAUUAAAAUGACAUUCAGCAAUUAAAGUUUUUUGCACUAAGAGAACAUGCAGGUUUAUUAUAGGUUUUUACAGUUGUGUUCAGUUGUGUGUAGGAUAUAGCUCCAUAUUUUGUUCAAAUAUGAAGAAAUGUCUUUGCAUGUCCUAUGUUUUGUUUAACAUGGCCCUAUGACUUAGGUAUUUGUAGGUAUUAUGAACUGUUUGUCAAGCAGCUAUUUCCAAAAGCCUGUCUAUCUGAAAAAUAUUUGAAAGCAUAAUACUUCGAAAUGAAAACACUGCUUUUUAUCAUAAAACACUUCCAAGUACACUAUUUAUUUGUGGAUAUGGAUCAGCAAUGCAGUGGAAUACUUAAUCAUUAUUUAUUUCAGGUCCAUUCAAUACUAAUCACUUUUUCUUGUUUAGAAGUGUCAUAGCAAAGAGUAAACUAAAUGUGAUCUGAAGGCAAAAUGCAGGUUGAAGUAUGUUUUCUUAAUUAGUAACAAUACCUGUUCUUUACAUAAACCCCAAAGGCACACUGUUUGAAAAUUAUAACCUUUAUAGUAGCUCAGAAAGCCCAUGCGCAUUUGUGAUAUAAAACACUGUUACCAAUACUAUUGCUUAGAAUGUUUACAUCUAUCAACUUAAAAAUGUCCUUUAAAUAUAAUCAUGCAAAGCAUCCUAAUAAUUUGAGACCAAAGCUAAUACUUUUUUUAUAUUGCAGAAUUUAAAGCCCUGGUUUACAUGAGUGAGAUUUAAGAGAACUGAAUCUUAAAAUGUUAGAGGUAUAUGGGAGGGACUUGGAGGUGGAAAAAAAAUCUCAAAACAUCUAUUUGUGGAACAGAAGUUCCUUAAGGUUCUCUGGGAUUUGUGCUUCUGCACCUCAUAACUGGUUCUGAAAAUGUCGGUAAAAUAUUCAUAGUAUUGAUAAUUAAAAUGACUACAAAAUGCUGCCUUCAUUAGAAAAAGUAUGUUAGCAGCUUUAUGCUGUUCUUGUGUGCAGUAUUUCUGUAGAAGAUGUUUUUAGUAUUACCUUAUAUUUAAGGAAUGCUAAGGUGUUGAGUAAGUGUGGUGAAAGCCUCUUGUUUCCUAUUGCUUUGUUAUGGGAAAUCAGUAUUCAUCAGAGGCCUUUCAUGUGUUAUCAUCAUGUUUUUCACCAAAACCAAGGCUGCUUUUUAGCAUUGAUGCAAUUUGAAAUAAUUGUGACCAGACAUCUUGAUGUAAUUGUGGCAUCUUCCAGACUUGCUGCUCUGUAUCUAUAUCAGUUAUCUGGGAGAGAAUAUAAAAUAAUUGUUUUAGAAAUGAUAAAGUAGUAGUAUAGCAAUAGUUUGGAUUAACUGUUGCCAUACCCUUUAAAAAUGUAUUUGUACAUAAAAAUCCAAAUGUAAAUUAAACAUGUAAGUUAUGCUUUUACAAAUAUGAAGGACAGCAUUUAAAAACCAAACCACAACCAGACUGCAGGAAGAGGGUAUGAUGAAUGAAUAACCAUGCAGGAGUGAUUACUAUGUUAAAACCAGCAAGACAGCAUAAUGUAGAAAUGGUUGCUAUUCUGAAACCUGGGAGAGAAAAGCACUGAAUAUUAAUUUUGUUUUGACUGAGUAAAAGUAAAUAAGUUUUUGUAACAAAACUUAAUUUUAGAUGUGAAGUCUUGUCCACAGGAAACCUGCUGAACUCAUACUUUAAUGAUGUAAUUCAUGGCAGAUUUAAUCUUGUUGGGAAUAGACUGUAAAAUUAAAAUACUAGCUCAGGUCAAGAAAACCCUUAAAUCAUUCAGAUGCAUCCCUCUCCUGAGAGCAGUUUCUAGAGUACUUUUCAUAGAUAUUGCUCUCCCAUGCUAUAAACAGAGUAAUCCUUGUCCUUUUUCCCAUUAAGUGUUCUCAGGGGAAGCUUCAUAAGAAAUUGGGUAGAAAGAGGUUCACUUCAAUGGCAGUGUGAAGUUUCCAGUCCUACUCUAUGCUGCAAAUUCAUACACCAGAUCUUGAAACCAAGACUAAUUUUGAGCAAGGGGUUGAUUUUAGGUAUGGCUGACACACAGUAGGUAUGAGAUUCUUGCAAAUCUUUAUAUUCUGUUCAGCAAAGAGUCUGAAAUAACUAAAACUCUUCAGGUUCUUAUAAUUAAUGUAUAAUUAAUAAAAAAGUAUUGUUGGAUUUAAUCUGGCUACAUGUUGGAAGACCUGCACAUAUCUCAAACCAAGACUUGAAAUUAACAUUCUUAGAAUUUCUUUGAUCCAGAUCUGGGGUGUUUUUUUGUCUGUUCAGCAUUAACAUUCUUUUUUCCCUAAAGUUACUUUGAGUGACCACUUACAGACCUUGCUAAAUUGCUUACUCCAUUCAAAGACACCAAUAGCCAUCCUGUGGCCAUCCUUCAGGCUAUAUUCAGUGUCAGAUGAGGUAGACAACUGACUCGUUCUCCUUUGGCUCUUCAUACACAAAGUCUGGGCAUAUACAUUCCCAUACAUUCCCCCUUCCCUUUGGAGACACUGGGUUGUCCAAGCGGAUGGCCACCACAUUGGAUAUGGAUUGUACUUUUCAGCCUUCUGUUCUCAAACUUCUUCCCUGCAUUAAACCUUUCAAUAGCCACAGCCCGAUAGACCAGGCUAGUUUCUAUGAAGUACGAGAUGACUUUUAAGUAUCUUAACUCUUCUGUCAGAACUGACCCUCUGAUAUGAAGAGUGUGUGCAUGUAUAUAUAAAUACAAUGUAUUUUGACCAGGGCAUACACAAACACUCUGCAUUUAACUACUGGAGCUGUAGUGGUGGAAUGUGGGAGGCACCUGGGGUAGAAGUGAUUAUUUUUGGUUGUGCAUUUUGCUGGUGACAAGCACAGCAUCAUUACAGUUCCAGCCAGCCAAUGAGUUCCUAGUCAUGUAAGCUUUGGCGUAUUUUCAGGAUGCCUUUUAGUAAAAAAUAUAUAUAGUGUCACAUUUUUCAUGUUUCACACCGGUGUAUACUAAGAUUAGAGUGAUUUUUAUACUAACGUGCUAAUAUUGAUAACACUGUGUUUAAGUAUCUUUAUAGACAUUGUAUUUUGUAUGGGUUUUUUUGAUGUUAAAAGAUACGUGUUUUGCUGGCCUUAACUCCAUUCUUUGAAGUUCCGCUUUGUAAGAAGGGUAAGAAAUGAAUGUCUGAUGUUUUUCAUGGUGCUAAAGUAACUGUGAUCAGUCUCAAAUUAUGCAGAAUAAAGAUGGUAGUUCUGAAGUGC